AUGGACAACAGCGAGGUGAAAAUAUCUCUGGACGAUUCUCCCAGCUCCGGCGGGAGUUUUGCCAGUACAAGCAGUGGACCAUGUUGCGGUCCAGGAAGGGAUUUGGAUCCAGAUAUACAGGUGGAUAUUAAAGAUGAGCAGUUCGAGCUAGGAUUUUCCAGUAAAUUGCAGAAAUCGAAGGGAACAAACAAGAAAUGUUCCCUUGAUUUGUCUGCAGGGAACAGCUAUGCGGCAAACAAAAAUGUGGCUGAAGGUCUGAUGGAUAUAGCUUUGCUUUCGGCGAAUGCAAAUCAACUGCGCUUUUUAAUCACCUACAACGACAAGGCCUCCACCUACAUAUACAGUAUGAUUAUGGUGAUACUUUCCCUAGUGCUCCAGCUUUUGGUUGGAAUAAUGCUGAUAUUUAAGCGACGACUCAAGCGUUUUAAGAACCGAAGCUAUGAGAGAACCAAUGAUCUGCUGGUGAUGGGAGUUUUCAUGAUUACUGUGAUCAACAUACUGCUGGCGGCCUUCACAACAACUGAUGGGGGCAGCCACUGAAAACUAUCCAUAAACAAAUAAAUUUCUUA